AUGGUCGAUGGAAAUCCACUGAGACCUACUUCCUUGAAUCUAAAUAUGCCUACUGUUAUUGCUUUUGGGAAUCCUUUAUUAGACAUUUAUGUACAUUUAAAGGACAAGGAGUUUCUGAAUAAGCAUGGUCUUGCAGAGAAUGGAGAAAUUGAACUACCUUUUAAAAAGAUAGAAGAAAUAUGGACAGAUUUAAAACUCGGUCAACAGAGAAGGUUCAAUGUUGGAGGGUCAGCACAGAAUUCAAUGAGAAUUUUGCAGUGGUUAUUUGACAACACCUUGAAGAAUCAAAGUUGUAUUUAUUGUGGAUGUCGUGGAAAAGAUCCUAAGGGAGCAAAGUUAAAUAUUUUAGCUGAGUCAGCAGGUGUUGAUUGCAGAUAUGCAUUUCAUCCAUGGUUACCUACUGGGCAGCGUAUAACAUUUAUAUACGAAUCAUCGCGAAGUUUAGUUGCAAACAUAGGAGCUGCUGGUGUAUAUACAUUAGAUGAUUUUAAGAAAAUUAAUUUGCCAUUGGAUACAAUAAAGAUAAUUUAUAUUGAAGGAUUUUUUAUAAUGCACAGUUUCCCCGUUGCUAAGGAACUUAUCAGAAUAGCAGAAGGAAACAAUAUAAUUUUAGCCUUUAAUCUUAAUGGAGUGUACAUGUUCAAAGAUCACCAGGCAGCCAUCUGUCAAAUGGUCGGACAUGCUAACAUUGUGUUUGGCAAUGCAAGAGAAAUGGAGGCUCUGGCUCAAUCUCUAAAUAUUACAUACGACGAUGUAACUGAUAUACCAUUUUUGUUGAAUAGUAUGAAAAGAAUUACAGUCAAUGCUUCUAGUAUACCUAAUGAUAACUGGUUACAUCAUGGUAGAAUAUUUGUUAUGAGCCAAGGAGAUUCUGCCCCAGCAAUUACAGUUUGGGGAAAUGGACAGUCUGUUCAGGUGCACCCAAUUAAACCAAGGGAUCCUAUUGUAGACACAACAGGUGCCGGCGACUCAUUGGUAGCUGGUUUCUUGGCAGGUGUUUCAGCACAAUGGAAGCCACAAUGUUGCUUAGAAUUUGGUUGUAGAGUGGCUUCUUUUCUGGUAACAAAACUCGGAGUUACAUUGCCAGCAAAAGUGCCAACAGAUUUACUAAUGUGGGCACGAGACCUCCAGACCCAUCAAGAAAAGUUAGGGAACUAG